CCUUCAGAUAACCCAGAACCAGUCUUUUGAAUGAUUUCAUGACCACAGAUGUUAGAGCCACAUGUCUGUAGUCAUUAAGUCCGGUAAUUUGGGGUUUUUUUGGGACGCGGAUGAUGGUGGAGCUUUUGAGGGUACUUCACACAGCUCCAUUGACGUGUUGAAUAUCCGUGUAAAGAUGGGGGCCAGUUGAUCAGCACAGGUUUUCAGACAGGCUGGUGAAAAGCUGUCGGGGCCUGGUGCCUUUCUUCUUUUGUUCUUCUUGAAGACACACCUCAUCUUCACUGAACUGAAUUUUAGGUGUGUUGGAGUCGGGGUUUACAGAAAGUGAGAAUUGGGCUUUUUCAAACCUACAGUAAAACUCAUCUGCCAGUUGUUGAUUCACCAGAGUGCUGGGGGAUGGUGACCUGUUGUUGGUGAUGGCUUUCAGACCUUUCCACACUGAAGCUGAGUCGUUAGAGGAAAACUGAGCCCAUAGCUUUUCAGAAUAAUUUCUCCUUGCCACUCUGAUCUCCUUUUCCAGUGUGUAUUUGGCCUGUUUGUACAAGACUCUAUCCCCAUUCCUGUGAGCAUCCACUUUGGCCUGAUGGAGCUGGCUGAGUUUUGCAGUGAACCAUGGUUUACAAGGAAUACACAAAUCCUCACAGAAACUAAUAUAUGAUGUUACAGUCUCUGUGAGCUCAUCCAGGUCGGUGGCAGCAUCUUCAAAAACAGUCCAAUCAGUGAGAGAGAAACAGGCUUGUAAAUCCUGCUCUGCUUCCUUAGUCCAUCUUCUUACAGUCCUUAAUACAGGUUUAGCUGUUUUUAGUUUCUGCCUGUAGGUCGGUAUCAGAUGAACUAAACAGUGAUCAGAGAGUCCCAGAGCUGCCCGUGGGACAGAGUGAUAUGGUGUUGUUGUGCACUCUCUGUGAUCAGAUCAGCGAGUGUCUGUAGGGCUGAGCUCAUGUGCGCUUGCGGUGGAAUGUAAACACUCACCAGAAUGAACGAGCAAAAUUCCCUCGGCAAAUAGAAUGGUUUGCAGUUAAUGAAGAGUGUUUCAAGAUCUAGACAGCACAUCUUCUUUAACACAGCUUUGUCAUAAGCUUUGUCAUAACAACAAUCACACUUUUUUCUUUGUUAAAACCUUCUUUUUUACAUCCGUGUAAAAAUGCACUCGUUACAACUCAAUUAUAGAAUUUAAUUUAAUUUGUAUAGCAGUUUUUACAAUUGACUUUGUCUCAAAGCAGCUUUACAGAACAUACACAUUAAACAAAAGGUUAUUAUAAAAAUUAAUAUCAUAUAAAAAUCCAAGAUUAAUGUUAGAUGUAUUAAAAUGUGUUUGUAUUUAUCCCAGAUGAACAAGUCUGAAGUGACUCUGGUGACUGUGGUGAGGAAAAACUCCCUCGAAUGGUAAAGGAAGAAACCUUGAGAGGAACCAGACACAAAGGGGAACCUCAUCCUCAUACGGGUGACACCAGAGGGUGUGAUUAUAAAUAGUUCGACAAUAGUUGUAUUGAUGAGCAUUAACUGACUAAUCAGAUAAGAGAGUCCAGCAACAUUGUAGGACAGUUGCCAUUAAUGUUUGCAUGGAUUGCAUUUCUUGCUCAUGGUGUUUGUAAAUCUCCUUAACCACUACUGCCUGCUUAGACAUUUCCUUAAAUAGUUAGCUUUCAAAUCCUUCCCGGGGGCUAGAUUUUUAUGAUCCAGUCAGCAGUAGAAAAUCUAAUUGCACAGUAUAAUCAAAUUUGUUGAACAUUUCAGAUGGCUGCUCUCUCGCUAAGACUUGAUUUCGAUUUGAAAACUGUUUGUUAAACCGAAAGGAAACAAUUCAGAAGUGUGUGGAUGUUGAAAUACUCCAAGGUAACAAAAGAUACAUCACACCGUCCUUACUUUCUACCUAACCACUUUGUACCUUAGCCUGUGAUGUUGUUUUAUGGUGCACCUUGCACUGGGUUGUGAUCUUUAGUAGACAAACACAGGUGAUGCUUCAGUUUAUAAGACCAGGAUACUCUACUAGGAGUCAGACACAGACGCGUCAGCCAUGGCCUUGAUACAUCUCAGGAUGUUUUUCUUGUGUAUUGUGUUUCCUAUACUAUAUGGUGGUGUUUUGCGGGUGCAGAACAGAGACUGGAUGGGAAAGCUACCUGCGGAAUUUAUCGAAGGAGACGUGGAGUGCUUUUCUGAAUACAUGGAACUGUGGAUCCACAGAAUGAGAACCGAAGGGUUGAGACUCUGGCUUUCAGCAAUGCUAAGGAUUCAAGUAAAUCUUGGGUCUCUGGAGAUCUUAAACCAUCAGCUGUCAGCAUGUGGCUUUGGUCUGCAUAAAGAUCCUGACAGGAACUACAUCUUCAGAGUUAUGUACAGCGGAUGCUUUGUUCAACAAGAGCACGGUCAUUACGUGAUUGUAUUGAACUUGAUGAAGAGAAUAAGCCGCUUUGGAGGCAGGACACAUAAUUAUGUAAUGAAAUGUCCUGUAGUUCCAGCACCACCCAACGCAAAACAUAUUCAGUGUGACCCUGAUUUCAUCCAGGUUACCAGAGUGAUCCCAAUGGACAGUUGGAACAAUGAGCUCAGAUGGUCUCUUGCGUUGAGAGGGAGUGUGGUGGUGGCGCUGGAAGAUGCGAGUCUCAUUCAAGUAAAUGUAGACAUUAAGAAACCGCUCAUUACUGUUCAAGGCAGGAGGAACACGGUUCUCAGUCCUGUGCAGGUUCUACAGACUGAAGGCCAGUUCUUACCACUUAAGCUGGUCAGUGGACAAUACGCCUAUAGUAUGGAAGCCACUUGUCCAAAUGUGAUUCCACAUUCAUCUGAGGACACAGUGCUGCACGUUUACAAACGCCGCAUGGGAUUGACUAAGAGGGGAGGCUAUGACAACGAGACCCUGUCAAUCAGCAGUGUGUAUAUAAACCAGACAGACACGUUUACUUGGUCUGAGACCACCAGCUUUGUGACUCUUGUCAUUCCCACUGCACUUAUUCAAAAGACAAAGCAGAAGUGUGUUGAAAAGGACUCUGAGAAUCCCCUGCAGUCAUACUUCAGAGUGGAUAUUGUACUCACUUUUAAGGAGACAAAUUACAGGAUGCUCUGGACAAUGGAGAACACGUCACCAUGCUCAAAUCAUCACAUUCCUUCAGUGACUAUGACUCCAUCAGUAACACCUAAAUCUCCUACGGCAUUUACUGCUUUAAAACCAACAAUCCUCAAUUCACUAACAGAAGAGCCACUGCUUUCUUCCAGCAUGGAGCCCCAGACAUCACCCUGGACCACUGAAAAAAGAUUUAGCAUGACUGGCAUGGCCUUUCAACCUACUAGGACACAUGAAGUGGUAGCAGGAUUUUCAGUGAUUAGUGGUUCAGCAGACAGUGAGUCCACAAGUACCUCGUUCAAGGCAGAUGCAAGUACUGAAAUUCCUGGCAGUAUUGUUUUAACGCCGUCUGUUAGCAUGGGGUCAGAUGCAACACUGGUUAGUUUAUCCAAUCCUUCAUUUAGUCCUCACCAUGAACAAUUCACAGACUUGACUAAUGCUAGAAAAACAUCAACAGUCAUGCUGCACAAACCACCUCCCUCAACCACAGACAACACUGAAAGACCAAACACAAAUAGUGAGAUGAGCAAAGCUGUACGUUUUGAUACGUCUCACUCCGAGGCUGAAACCAAGUGGAGCCCUGUGGCAUUGUCACUUUAUUUAGAAAGUACUAGUACUGAUAUCAUUACAAAUACUGUCUCAGAUAUCACUUUAAACACUCCAACUGUAUCCCUGACAGCCCCCCAUCCACAUCAGCGAGUCACCCGACCAUCCCUGUCUCCCUUACAUCCUGAUACUACAGUGCAUUCAGCAGUCCUGAAUAAGACCACAAUUACUCACACAACACAUGAUAACACAUCUCUGCAGCCAGAGAAUGUUACAUUAGCAAGUACAUAGGUCCUAAACACGUAGUACAUACACAUAAAUAGAGAGAUAAUAUCUUGCACCACUGAACUCGAUAACCCCCCAAAAAUGAGAUUUCUUCCUUCAUUCAACAAAGCAGCUAAUUUACCUACCAACAUGUUUAUAUUCCAAAGAAAACAAAAAACAUGCAAAACAUACUAUUGAACCCCCGGAGCUGUGAGGCACCAACAGAUCUGCUGUGCCACUGUUUCACCAUAAAUGAAAAUCAGACAAAGCAAAACCGCAACUCUGAUGCCUGUCACCAUGGAACAAUCAUAAGAUAUAAUACAUAAAAUCUCCCUCUGGGUAAACGA